CCACCACUGCGUGGCAGCUACAUUACCACAGCACAGACUAAGCGGCUCUGUACGGAUGCAGUGACUUCAAACGAAGAAUAGUUGUUCGCCAUGAUUCGCGGGAAGCUGGUCGGCUCCCUGUCGAUAGUCCUCUUCGUCACUCUCGCCACGGUUUACGGUCCGAACCUGUCACACAGAAUCACAUCUUCAGGCGGCAGUGACUGUGACGUGUGCUCAUCUCAGGAACUAUUAACACUGCGAGCACUGUACCAAGAGCAUCAGGCAGCCUUGGAGCGUCAAAGCAGCAGCAGCAGCAGCAGCAGCGAUGGGAAUGCUGACAUCAGCGACCCAUCCACUGAUGUCAGCAGCGUUGCCUUUUCCAAUCCUAAGGCGGAUGCUGACAUCAGCAUGACUGCCGCUGCUGGGGUCGACUCUCCGGCGCGAGCUGACGUCAGCAGCCCCCGCCGCGGCCGGUCGCUCCUGGCCGUUGAUCCUGACGAUCCCGAUCUGACGACUGACGACAUCCGGAACCUGUGCCAUGAGAAGGACAAGGAGCUCCUCAAGGCUUCCAGACUGCUCAAGGACCUGGAUAUCGCCCUGCAGCGGCAGUACAUGGAGGUGGACAACCUCAACAAGAUGCUGGACAUGAGCAAGGAGUUCAAAGCGGAGGAGCUGAGGGACUUCCGAGGGCAGGAGCAGAAGGCGGGAGGGAUGUCUGAAAAGACUCGCGAGUUUUUGGAGCAGUGCAAGAACAACCUCGUUACAGAGUACACCUCCAAGGAGAACAAGGACUGGGCCAUCUACAAGGGCUAUGCGUGCGAGGCAACGGACGAGGAGAUAGCCCAGUAUAUGAACUACGAGCUGAGGGGGCUGUGUCCUGACGACUGGUUCUUCGUUCAGCACCUCAUUUUCGUCAAGAACUGCUAUGCGCUGCCGAAGCGGCGUUGCCUGGCGCGCACUCCCCAGGAGUUCAUCGAGCCUCUCCCCCGUUCCCACGCUCUCUUCAACCAAAAGGCACUGCACGACGGGGCUGUGAGGUGGAGCCACCACGGAUGCAAGUCGUUUGACUGCCUCAACCACAGGACCACAGGUGACUGCAAGAGCUGCUUCAACAUGACUCUGGAGGCCAACCGCUGGAAGGUCAGCUACCGGGGAGCGCUCACCAUCAAAGACGUCAUCUCCAUCAAGAAAGGAUCGCUCAGGCUAGGACUGGACGCGGGCCGAGGCACGGGCAGCUUCGCAGCGCACAUGGCGCGAUACAACGUGACAGUGAUGACCAUGGCGAUGAACAUUGAGACGCGCUCGGGGGUGCACACCGGGCUGCCAUAUAUGGAGACCAUUGCCCUACGGGGACUGGUCCCUCUGCACAUUCCCCACACUGCUCGUCUGCCCUUCUUUGACAACACUCUGGACCUGGUGCACUGCGUCAACAGCGUCAAGUACCUUCCUCUAGGGGAGUUUGAGGAUCUGCUCUACGAAUGGGACCGCGUGCUGCGAGUCGGCGGCGUCUUGUGGUUUGAGCUUUUCUACGCUCCGGAGGAUGAGAUGAAGAUAUACAUUCAGAUUGUGGAUCUUCUACAGUACAACAAGCUCUAUUGGAAUAUCACUUCUAAGCCCGAGAAGGACCCAAAAGCAGUUCAGCGCGUGUACCUCAACUGUCUUCUGGAGAAGCCGCCUCGCAUCGAUUAGCGGGUGGAGCACAUUUUCCGGCUUCACGUUAGCGGGUGGAGCACGUUGUGUUGAUGGAUGGACCAUGUACAGUUGACCAAAUGGGUUGGUGAAGGCGCUUAUAGCUUUGUGAUCGGUUGCAUUUGUUUUAGUAAGACACCAGUAUGAGCUAUGCUAGGGUGGUUGUUGCAGUAAGGGUGGUCGGUCGGGUCGUAUGCCAGUUUGAUGCCUGGUUUUAUCGCAAAAUCUAUGUUCCGUGACCUUUAGGGCGUGCACAUUGAGCAAGGAAAUAUUAGUUUGUAGCAUUUUUUUUUUGUAAAUGAGGGGUUGGAACAAUGACUCCCUAACAUCUCUUACCGU